AUGUUCAGCAGGUGCCCUACAACUCCAGUCGAAUCAAAACCGACACGCAUACCGAAAUUGCCAAUAAAAAGACAAAAAACUCUCUUAAAAACGAACGAAACGCUCUAUCACGACAAAGUGCCUAUAUCUACCCGGUUUUACCUGCAGCUCUUGAAAAAAAGCCAAUUCCUGCCAAAAUUUACUGAAACAGAAACUUAUGAGUACGCGUCAGAAAGCGAAAGAGCUACGAACUCCCCAGAACUGCAUACUAAGAAGAACUUUAAAAAAGAAGUGGAACGAGCAAGUUACAACUUACGUUCGAACGAAGCAAGAACGGAACGCAAGGUUUUCGUGAAGAAAACUCGCGCUCGGAAAAAAGUGAACGAAACGCAAGGCGGCCCUGAAACGAAGGCGGUUAAGAAAAAGUUCAAAAUUCCUUUGGCUCCAAUUAUUGAGGAAAUAAGGAACCGGGAGCCAUUAAGGACUGUGAAUAAAGGCGGAUGGGAGAUCGACAAAAUCGCCGAAAAGCUGAAGAGUCUGAUGAGGACCAGCUCGGAGCAUAUGCUGCAUCAGGAACUGUUGUCCUGUACCGAAGCGUUCAGGAGCGAAGCUAAGGAGAACGAAGAAAAGGGGAAGGAAGUUAUCAGAAGCGAAGUUGUGGAAAAAGGACCAACCCCCCUAGUAUCGCCGGCAGGCCGAGCCCGUGGCGGUCACGCCUGCCCGUACUGCGGCAAACGGUUCGACCGCCCCUGGGUGCUGAAGGGGCACCUCAGGCUGCAUACUGGCGAGCGGCCCUUUCCUUGCCCGCAUAAACAUUGCCCGAGGACUUUUGCUGACCGGUCGAACCUCCGCGCGCACCAACGAACCCGCGGUCACCAUUCCUGGCAGUGGCGGUGCGCGGAGUGUGGCAAGGCCUUUAGCCAGGGCCGCUACUUGGAUCGCCACCGAGCUGACGCAUGCUGGAAGUACAAGAUGCACCAAAAGAACUCUACAAAGAACGCAGAACUUAAAAACGCUGACCCACCCGUCCCAAUGUAUGGAAGCGUCUUCCGACACGGGACCUUUGAGCCCAAAAACCAAUCUAACCAGGACACUCAAUCCAGCCAAGACAUUCAACCCAGCCAAGAUAUUCAGACCAGCGACAUUCAGUCUUCUAAUAUGGAUAGUCAACAGUCCAUGGACAUACAGUCAGACCUCGGACAAACUGAACUUUAUAAAGCUUUAAGUAAUUUUGAAGUCAACGGGGUUUUAAAAGUUAAAAACUUUCAAAAUAUUGACUUUACUAAAUGUAAAUCUAAAGUGAAUAUUUCAAAAGUUCAGACGAAUAAUAUAAAAGAUUUUGAAGAGACAAGGAUGAAACUGGAGUUGUGUAAGCCGAAAUUGGAUUUGAAGAUUAAGGAGCAGAAACUAGCAUGUUCUAGCAUGGAGAUUAAAGAAUGUGAAGAGCCUAUUGAUUUAUGUAUAAGGCGUAAUGUAAAUUAAGUGGUAUAUAUUAAAGUAGUAUUUUUCUACUCCCGUAGUGUUAUUCGUCAUUUACAGUGUCGUGCAGUUUAGUUACAGCGAUGGCGUUUAUAG